UUGAAUUUAUUUGAAAACAAAUAAAAGUAAUGAUGAUUUAGGGGGAGAGAAAGAGAGGGGAGAGGGAGAGGGGAGAUGGAAGAUGAUCAGGUCGUUGGUGCGGUGGUGUACGGUGUAAUAACAUGGGCGGCAUUGUUUAUUGUGUUGAGAAAGAGCUUGGGUCCGAAACGGUCAUUCGAUUUCUGCAACCGUUUGGUUUCAACAAUCCACGCUUGUUUAGCUGUUGUUCUUUCCUGUCUCUCAAUUCAAGAUUGGACCUGCCCAGCCUGCCCUUUCGCUUCUAAGCCUUCUCCAACUCAGAUGCGAAGUCUAGUAGUGACGCUUUCAUACAUGGUGUAUGAUAUCCUUUGUGGGGUGUUUGGAAACAAUCUAAAGAUAGACAAUUUCUUCCACCACUCUGUUUGCAUUAUUGGAUCCAUCGCAGGUUUUCUCUACCAAAUGGGUGGAUCUGAGAUGGUGGCAGCAUUAUGCAUAACAGAGAUCUCAACACCAUUUCUACACUUGAGAGAGAUUCUCAAAGAUCUCGGUUACAAAGACACCUCCCUCAAUUUGGCUGCAGAUAUAUGCUUUGCUGUGGUUUUCACUCUAGGGAGGAUGGUAGCCGGACCAUACCUGACCUAUCUUACUGUCACUGCUCACAAUCCCAUCUUAAUGAAGGCAAUGGCGCUUGGACUGCAGCUGGUGAGUGCAUUUUGGUUCUACAAGAUUGCCAGGAUGCUCAAAUACAAGCUCUUUGUUGCCCCCCGUAAUGCUCAUAAAUAGAGUUUUUAAACUCUCUUUCUUUCUUUCUAAGCAUUUUGUAUAAUAAUUCACUGUGUAUUAUUAUUAUUAUUAUUUAUUAAAGACCCACUCUUCAAUUCAAUGUUAAUUAAUUUGUGAUCUCAUUCUUCAAAUUGCAGAGCUGUAGGU